AUGGCUGAUUUGGUUGGGGGUGCAUUUCUCUCAGCUACCAUUCAAGUGUUGUUUGAUCGGUUGGCCUCUCGCGAGGUCAUUAACUUCUUCCAUGGAAAAAACCAUGGUGAUAGAAUCCUCCUCCUUCUCAGGAAGCUCAAGCUAUUGUUGCUGGGACUUAGUGCUGUGCUUAAUGAUGCAGAGGACAAGCAAAUCACUAAUCCAGCGGUGAAAGAGUGGGUGGAAGAGCUUAAAGAUGUUGUCUACCAUGCGGAUGACUUAGUAGAUGAGAUUGCUACUGAAGCUCUGCGGUCCAAGUUAGAAGCUGACUUCCAAAGCUGCAUCAGCAUCAGCAUCGACCUAAGCCAGGUACUAAGUAUAAACCCCCUCACCUUGACAACUACUACUACUGCUAGUUUGUUUGAUGCGGGGAUAGAGUCCAGGAUAGAGGAGAUCAUCGAUAGAUUAGAAUAUUUUGCAAAAGAAAAAGAUGUUCUUGGUUUGAGAGAAGUUGUUGGACAUAAUAACUUGUUUCACAGAUCGCAAACUUCUUCUUUGGUCGAUGAAUCACGUGUUUAUGGAAGGGAUGUUGGCAAGGAGGAUAUAAUGAAGUUGUUGCUCCCCGUUGAUGAUGAGGCAAGUGGUAGUAGUAAUGAGAUAGAUGUGAUUCCAAUAGUGGGGAUGGGUGGGGUUGGCAAGACCACCCUUGCUCAACUUUUAUAUAAUGAUCACAGAGUGUGCAAUCACUUUGAAAUGAAAGCAUGGGUUUGUCUCUCUAAUGAAUUUGAUGUUUUAAGGGUUAACCAAGUAAUUCUUGAGGCAAUUACUCAACAAACUUGUGAUGCCAAGAACCUAGAUAUGAUUCAAGUCAAGCUGAAGGAGUUGGUGAGUGGGAAGAAAUUUCUUAUCGUCUUGGACGAUGUUUGGAACGAGAACUAUGAUCACUGGGACAGCUUGAGUUGUCCUUUUAGAUAUGGCGCACGUGGGAGUAGGAUUAUUGUUACAACGCGCAAUGAGAGAGUUGCAUCUGUCAUGCAAACCGUUCCUAUUCAUCGUUUGCAGGAAUUGCCAUUUGAAGAUUGCUGGAAAUUGUUUGCCAAACAUGCUUUUGAGAAGGGAGAUAUCAAUUCACAUCCAAAACUUGAAAAUAUUGGCAAAGAGAUCGUGAAAAAAUGCAAAGGUCUGCCUUCAACUACAAAAACAUUGGCAGGCCUUUUGCGCUCCAAACGAGAUGCUGAGGAUUGGAGCAAUAUAUUGAAAAGUGCUAUUUGGGAUUUGCCAAAGGAUAACAUUCUUCUGUCCUUAAGAUUGAGCUAUCAUUAUCUCCCUUCACAUUUAAAGAGAUGUUUUGCUUAUUGUUCCAUAUUUCCCAAAGGUUAUGAAUUUAAAAUGGAGGAAUUAGUUCUGUUAUGGAUAGCAGAAGGUUUUUUGAAGCCAAGAAGUAACACAACAAUGGAAGAAGUAGGUUAUGAAUGCUUCAAUGAAUUGUUGUCAAUGUCAUUAUUUCAACAAAGUGCCAGAGAAUCUUGUUUUGUCAUGCAUGAUCUUAUUAAUGAUUUAGCUCAAUCUGUGUCUGGAGAUUUCUGUUCAAGGUUAGAUGAUGACAAGCCACAUAUAAUUGUUGAAAAAGUACGCCAUUUCUCAUAUGCUAGAGGCAUAUUUGACAACUUUCAAAGAUUCCAGGCAAUCAAUGAGGCUAAGUUUUUAAGGACUUUCCUACCAAUACGACGCAGACAUUUUUACAACUGCUGGUUGACUAAAAUGGUUUUGGACGUUAUUUUGUCGAGACUAAUAUGCUUAAGGGUGUUGUCUUUGCCAUAUUAUGAGAUUUUUGAAUUGCCUCAUUCAAUUGGCAAUAUGAUACAUCUACGCUAUUUGGAUCUCUCUUGCACAAAAAUCCAACAAUUGCCAGAAUCUAUUUGUAACCUGUAUAAUUUACAAACAUUGCUGCUACGUAAUUGCUAUAAUCUUGCUACAUUGCCAAUAGAUAUUGGAAAAUUAAUUUUGUUGCGUCAUCUUGAUAUCAGUGGAACUUAUAAGUUACAGGAGAUGCCAAUGAAAAUGAGUCGAUUAAAAGAUCUCCAAACAUUAACUGCUUUUGUAGUGGGAAAUUGUAGCGGGUCAAGAAUUAAUGAGUUGAAGGAGUUUCGUCAUCUCCGUGGAAGGCUCUCCAUUUCACGUUUGCAAAAUAUAGCAAGUUGCACAGAUGCAAUGGAAGCAAAGCUGAAGGAGAAAAACCUCCUUGAAACUUUGGUGUUGAGAUGGGAUAGUGGAAUUACUAAUGAUUCACAAAGUGAAAGAGCUGUACUUGACAAACUGCAACCUCAUACAAACUUGAAACACCUCGAGAUAAACAGGUAUCGAGGCACAAGAUUUCCGGAAUGGUUGGGAGAUCAAUCAUUCUGUAAUAUGGUGUCUUUACGUUUGAAGGAUUGUGAGCAUUGUGUUCUCUUGCCAUCGCUUGGUCAAUUGCCCUCUUUGAAACAUCUUACCAUUUCAGGGAUGCAUAGUUUAAGAAAGGUGGAUCCUAAAUUCUACGGAGAUUGUUCUUUAAGUAAACCAUUUCAAUCUCUGGAGACACUGAUUUUUUCCAAAAUGUUGGAUUGGGAGGAAUGGUAUAUAUUAGAUGAUGGAGAGUUCUCUCACCUUCAAGAGCUUCGGGUCAUCAACUGUCCAAGGCUGAUUGGAGGCUUACCCAAACACAUUCCAUCUUGUGUGAGAGUUGAGAUUAGGGACUGCCCAGGGCUUACGGCUUCACUUCCAAUGAGUUGUGUUGCAGAUCGAUUAGUGUUGCGGGGUUGCGAUGGGGUAGAAUUGGGAUGGCAAGGUUUGUCUUCUCUUGUAGAAUUGGUUAUUUCAUCUACAAGUUUGAAUGAAUUGACACCUGAACUUUGUACCUUAACAAAUCUGAAGGAUUUGAGGAUAGAGGGAUGCCCAGAUCUAUUGUCAUUUCCAGACACAAGGUUGCCGCCCAUGCUUACGCGCCUUACAAUCAUCAGUUGUAAGGCCAUACGUUGUUUGCCAGAAAGAGUGAUGUGUCUCAGCAAUUGCCUUCAACGUUUGGAAGUUAAGGACUGUCCAAAACUAGUUUUCCCCCAAUUUGAGGAGUUGGAGAAGCGCUAUACAUCUCUGGAAUAUUUGUCAUUGGAAAACUGUGAUUCUCUCUCAUAUCUGCCACUAGGAUUGUUUCCAAAGCUUCGAACUCUAAACAUCAAAGACGUCAGAAAUUUUUCGACUCUUUCGACUCUAAACAGGCUUGGAUUCCAAAAUUUUGCAUCACUGGAAUGGCUUUCUUUGGCUGGGUGUUCUAAUAUGGAAUCUUUUUCGCAGCAAGUAUUAAUUGCUCCCAAUUUGAAAACCUUUCAGCUAUGGAACUGCGAGAAGCUGAAGUCGUUGCCCGAUCGAAUGCAUAGCCUCACAUCUCUUCAAUCAUUGAGUAUAUAUAACUGCCCAGGAAUUGAGUCGUUUUCGGAAGGGGGUCUGCCCUCCAGCUUGCAUGGUCUUGAAAUCUGGGAAUGUGCGAAACUUGUGGGUCGCAAUUAUUACAAAAAGUGA